AUGAUAGAGUGCGGCGACUCGCGCGAUUCUCUGCAUUUGGUUUAUUACGUGCCGCGUCACCGUACGAUUUAUUAUGCGGCCGACAGUAGCCACGUGGAUGAUUGUGCGCCUCAAGACGUCCUCUUAGAUAAAUGGCGACGACCUCCAUGUUCUCUGUUUCAUCGGCUGUCUAGCACGCGUGAUUGUUUACACCACGACAGCCAUCGUUCGAUACUGAUGAGCGAUGUGAACUCAAAUAUACCAACACGGCGAGUUACUUGUGAAGUCGUAACUAACAAAAUUCAACAGCAAUCUAGUGUUUUCUUUCAGCGGGCAGAAGCCGGAACCAAAGCCAUCUCUCUUAAUUCAGUAACUGGUCUUUUCGACAUGAUCGGAUAUUCCAUUACUGGUAUUGAAGCAACAUCUCACUCUCUGUUGGGGGGUUCUCCUGUAGCAGACAUGUCUAGUAAUGUCGCUUUCAAGAGCGACGAAUCUAUAUUUGAGCUCGCCGGCGACAUAGAAAACACAGCUGGGCCAUCUCGACUCAACGAAUCGCUCACAUCGACAAACAGCCAUGAUGCAGAGAGUGACACAAGUGCCACCAGGACUACUCUGCCUAGCCCAGCCGCAGCAGGUUCCAAAUCAGUUACAAUAGGCGCUGGUGAUCGACCCCUUCUCAUUGCGGAACUAAUGCCCAUGGCCUCUGAGAUGCAACCUGCAGUUGCUCCAUCCGAGAUCGUCCUAGAUUGCGUUCACAUGGUUUUCAACAACGUUUCACACAGUAAUCUCGAGGCUAAGGUCAAGGAUAUCGCUCCGCUGCUGCACGAGGAACAUUUUGGGUGGUUUGCAAAUUAUUUGGUGGUCAAACGGAUCUCCACGCAGCCAAAUUUUCACACACUGUACCUGGCCUUUUUGGAGAAGUUAGGUGCAGAUGAACCCAAGCAGAAGCUUUUAAAAUGCGUCAUCAGCGCUGUCUUUCACAAUAUUGCCAAACUGCUUCGGUCAUCAAAAAUAACCACAUCUACUAGUGAACGAUCACUCCUCAAGAAUCUUGGUAGCUGGCUAGGACAAAUAACCCUGGCGAGGAAUCGACCUAUUCUUCAACGCCAGCUUGAUGUGAAGGAGCUUUUAUAUCAAGGCUACGAGUCCGGUCGCCUCAUUGCAAUCUGUCCGUUUGUGGCUAAAAUCCUUGAAGGUGCCAAGUCAUCUGCUGUGUUCAGACCACCGAAUCCUUGGUUGAUGGGCCUGAUGGCUGUUCUAAGAGAUCUUUAUGACAUCCAGGAACUGAAGAUGAACAUAAAAUUUGAGAUCGAGGUUCUCUCGAAGCACCUAGGAAUAAAGCUCGACGAGGUCACAGGCCCUGCUACUCUUGCAUUUCGAUGUCCGCCCGUGAAAGCUCGAUCUCCUGAUUUUAACAUCAAGCGAGCUGCCACAGAUCCAAUUUCAGAGACCCCGUUUGGCAAAGGACUCUCUUCGAAUCCUCCCCACCGAGUAAGUUCCAUGUCACAGCAACAAACGCAACAACGUCAACAGGUUCAGUCUGCAGGUUAUGCGUUGAAGCGUGAGAACAACGCAGUGCGCACCUUCGCAGCUGGCCAAUCUGCCUCGAACAUUGCACCAGGGGGGCCUGAUUUAUUGCAAUCACCACUGCCACCGCAAGCACAGCAGCAACCAGGGCUCUCGGAGCAAACUGUGAUACCAAACCUUGCAUCAUACAUAACGAUUUCUGCGCAAAUUGCGUCUGGACCUAGUGGUGCAGCUAUGCGCCGUGUGGCACCGGUAGCUGUUGAUCGGGCGAUUCGAGAAAUUAUACAGCCUGUUGUGGAACGAAGCGUCACGAUCGCGUGCAUUACAACGAGGGAUCUAGUUGCAAAGGACUUUGCCACUGAACCAGAAGAAAGUCGCAUGCGCAAGGCAGCACAGCUCAUGGUUUCUAACCUUGCGGGCAGCCUUGCCCUGGUUACAUGUAAGGAACCGCUCCGUGUUAGUAUUGCUAAACAUCUCCGUGCACUACUCCAGCAGCAGCCCGGCUCCUUUUCAGGCAGUGACCAGCACGAGCAACACGCAGUACAAACGUGUGCAGCUGAAAAUCUAGACUUGGGUUGUAUGCUCAUCGAGAAGGCGGCAACUGAAAAGGCCAUUCGUGACAUUGAUGAGGCGCUAGCUCCAGCUCUGAAUGCGCGACAAAAGCGCUUCGAACAAGGUCGUGGCUACUCCGAUAUGAUAAGCCCUUUUGGCACUGGCGAGGGGCGAUAUCCUGCAGCUUUGCCUGAGGCCUUGAGACCAAAGGCAACUGGCCUUCUUGCGCAUCAAUUUUUUGUCUACGAAGCUUUUCAACGAAUGCCAAGACAAGCUCACUUCCCGCAGCAAAGCGCCCAUCAAGCAGCCAACCAGCAAGCAUCUUCGGCCCACAUGCAACAGCAACAAAAGCAAAAUCAGCAGCAAAAUGUUUCGCGAGUGCCUGAAGCUGCAUCAAACCAAGCCCAGCUAUCAGGUUACUCAAGCCGUUUUCGCAGUGGUGCCUGCGGCGGUGCUGCCACUCUGUCUGCAAUUGCCCAGCAAGCAGCUGCUGAGCGUCCAUCCAUCUCAAUAGCCGAAUUGAUGGACGCAUAUCGUUCAGCAACAGCAAAACUCGAUGCAGAGUUCGCAUCACUCACUGCCAAGAUGCCAAAUGCUGCUGUCGACAUCAAUUUUGUUCAAUUACGGAACCAUCCCAUUUCUGUGCACGUCGGCGAGUUAUUGCUCGCAGCUGCACGGGUUGAUCACACCUCUAGAGAUGAUGCAGCAUUAGCAAUAGCGCAAUCCACUUUCAAGGCGAUGUGUGAGCAACGGGCGCUGGAGCCACCUGUCCGACUUGAGACAUUAGCAAUUGUCCUUGCUGCCGUUGCAGAUAUUUCAGCGCAUCUUGUGCGCGACGAGGUGGCCAACUGGAUCGCCUUUCUUCCCGCACAUUCUGAUGCUGAUCGCUUCCUCCAUGCUCAUGUACUUGUGCGCCUGCUUGGAGUGGAGCUACUAGAUGUUGCUGAGCUUGACGCUUAUCUUGCGCGGAACAUGGAUGGAGGUCGGUCCCAACCUUGGCUUGACGUAGCGCUUAACUUUGUCGAGCUGAGUGUCGCAAAAUACCAUCUUGCAACAUUUCCUGCCGACCUUCAGCGAAUCGCGCGGGUUCUAGAAGUUGUCGCACGGCAACCACACCCACCACCUGCCCUCAGGCGCCUUGUUGCUGCUCUGUCUGCAGACCAGCAGGGUCGUGCACACCAGCAGAAGUUGCAACAACAGCAGCAGAAGCUCGAAGAACCCAAGCAGCAAUCAGCAACACAGCAGCAAUUUCAGCAUAUCAACUCGGGGCUUGACGCUGGACUCAAUGCGCUCAACAUUACAGUGAGGAGAGCAAUUUCGGGCACAAACGAUGUGCAGAGCAAUGUCGGGCAUACCGUGAAUGCGACUUGUGCUGCUCGGGAGUUGCGCCUGGCAAGUAUAGUACCGGAGGACCCUGCUGGCGCUAGAGAACAAGUCACGGGGUUAUUAGAGCAAUGGAUCCGCGUCUGGAAUGAAUCACCUGGGUCCGAGAAAGCCUACGCCCAAUAUCUGACAUUGCUGCAACAACAUGGUGUACCGAGAAACGAACAAUCAACAGAGCGGUUCGUUCGCCUAGCCACAGUCAUUUGCGUUGAGUCAUGCGUCGAAUCGCGAACAGCGGAGGAGGGUGCAAGCGCAGACAGCUUAGGUGUGCUUACCUAUUCAGUUGUCGACGCCUAUGCCAAGUUAUUGAUCUUAUUAGUCAAGUAUGCUAUUCCUGACUCAAGCCCCAGCACUGUAUUAGCUGGCACACCGCAGCGCUUGGACCUGUUAAAUCGCGUCCUCUUGACCUUGACACGCACUCUUGUGUCCAAUUACGACAAAACUGUGGAAAUGGAUAACUUUGACCAAAGACCCUACUUUCGUCUAUUUCUAAACCUCCUUCAGGAUUUAAAUGUGCCAGAUCCAGUUCUUGAUUCAUCUAACCCACGUGUCUUGGCAGCAUUUGCUACUGUGCUGCAUGCGUUGCAGCCGGCAGUCACGCCUGGUUUUGCCUUCUCUUGGCUUGAGCUUGUCUCGCAUCGAAUGUUCAUGCCUAAUCUUCUGCUCGCUAAGAAUCAGAAGGGCUGGGCUUUGAUGCACCGCUUACUUGUGGAUCUAUUUGUGUUUCUCGAACCCUACCUUCGACAGGUUCAGCUCUCAGAUGCGGCUCGACUCCUGUAUAAGGGUGCGUUACGAGUCCUCUUGGUCUUACUGCACGAUUUUCCGGAGUUUUUGAGUGACUAUCACUUCUCGUUCUGCGAUGUCAUUCCAUCAUCAUGCAUUCAACUUAGAAAUCUUUUCUUGUCCGCGUUCCCUCGUUCAAUGCGCUUGCCUGAUCCCUUUACUCCAAAUCUCAAAGUUGAUCUGCUUCCUGAGAUAAGUCAACCUCCUCGUAUCCUAUCAAAUUGCGUCAUCGCUCUGGAGGCCUGUGCCUUACGCGAGCCGCUGGACGAAUACCUCCUGACACGCCACCCUAUCUCCUUCCUCCUGGACCUCCCGAGGAAGCUCCUGGAUGCAAAUACAAACAAUGAUCAUGUUAUAACCUCAUAUAAUGUGCCCUUGGUAAAUUCGCUUGUAGUCCAUGUUGGCAUGACUGCGAUUUCCCAGCUCCAUACUAAAAGUGGGAAUCUGCAACAGCCGAUCGCUCAUAGUACACCUAUGGAUGUCUUCCAGCACCUCAUGAACAACUUGGACUCCGAAGGAAGAUACUUUCUCCUAAAUGCAAUUGCGAAUCAGCUAAGAUAUCCAAACAAUCAUACACAUUAUUUUUCAUGUGUCCUCUUAUAUCUUUUUGCUGAGGCGACUAGCGAAUAUAUUCAAGAACAGGUUACGCGUGUGCUGCUCGAGCGACUGAUAGUACAUCGGCCGCACCCCUGGGGACUUCUUAUCACUUUUAUCGAACUCAUAAAAAAUCCUAGAUACUCUUUUUGGUCUCAUGGAUUUACUCACUGUGCAACAGAAAUCGAACGAGUCUUUGAGUCUGUUGCUCGUUGUAUCCCGCGUCGUGCUGCAACCCACAUUCUUCAGAAAUGACUCUCAUAGGUUCUUGCAUGGGCCCCGGCCACGUAUCAAACAUUACAGGCGAAUCAAAACUUGAUCAGAGUCAGUGAGUCUCUACUGGGCCCAGUCGCAUGCGUCGGCCAAUGACGCCAAACGCUAAAUCGGACUCAACUAUUACCUACUACUAAAAGCCUGAGCCUGAGGCCGGGUGACCUACCCAUUGUAUUUAGUACCCCUUGCCAGAUGGGUAACUUCGCAACUGCGUCUCGCCGCGAAAGUGACCCCUUCCCCCCAACCCGGUCUCGGGGCGUACAAAGGGACUCUUCAAGGGCCGAAGUUUGGGACCCCGCAGCCAAAAUCGCCCCUUAGGGGUGACCGUCACAACCCAGCC